AUGGCGGACGAGAUCGCCGAUCUUAAAUGUGCCAUUGAGCAGAUUUCUGUUGACAAUGAUCGACUGAAAAAUGUUUUGGAUAUGAAGUAAAAUGAUUGGAUUGAAAUUGAAAAGCAAAAAAAAUCGAACGUGACCAAACCAACAUCUUCAGCAUCGAAACUAAACUAUGCAGCUGUUGUUUCAAAUAGCUUUGAAAUCCUUGAGGAUGAACAUACCUUAUCAAACGAAUCGUCAAAUGAUAUCUCAAUUCAAGAUAGCCCAGAAUCUAUUAACAAUAUGAUGAUAAACACUGGAACACAGCCAGAUACUCAUCCAAACCAGAACACUAGGACCAAGCAAGAUGAAGGCAAGAAAGAUCAAAACAUCAGCACAGAGAAGUCAAGAUUAACAAGAUGCCUUGUUAAUUGGAGACUCGAUGACCAAAAACAUAAACAAUAA